GCAGCAGUCUUUGAAUUAACAGACGAUCUUCUGCGGUGUCGUGAAGUAUCCGUGAUAUUAAAGUACGUGCAAGAAAAAUAGAAAAAGAGUUCAUUAUGUCAGCUCAGAAGAUAGCUGUUUUCUUGGGGAUAGUGGGCGUUGCUAUUCUUGCUACGCAAGUAAACUCUACUCCUCAAUGGGGUUAUGCCAAUAAUGGCACAAACAAGUCUCAUAACUUGAUCGUUGGAUAUAGAAUGCCUGGUGACAGGCUUGUUCUGAGACAAAGUGUGGUAAAGAAUUCAUCCUGGAUGCAGAUCGUCACUGAACAAAAGUCUUUCAACACGUCAAGAUUCGAUCGCAUUACAGUAGUCCAAGCUCUGGAUCAAAAGACCAACGGUAACGGUGCGUACGCCAGCCUUAUCGCAGGUGGACCAGGAUACAACAAUGUCACGCUCAGAUUCAAGAGUCAAAGGGGUCACGGAAUCAACUUCAUUGUCGAGCUGUAUGCACGCCCUUAAACUAAUUCUGCUGCAUUGAUGCCAACCGUGCUAUUCAGAUGUUUUUUUCAAAUCUUCAAGAGUAACCUGCCUGUAAGACUUUUAUAUCCUUUAUAAACCGUGUAUUGGAUAAUCAUUUUCUUUCUUACCACUCUUUUAUAUUAUGUUAGAGGAACAAUAAAAUGUUUUGAAACUCUUGUGUCAA